AUGUUCACCAGAAUUUUGUGUCUCACCCUCGUGGUCGCCUACGUGCAAGCCCAAGGAUAUUCUGGUCACCAAGGACACGCCAGUUCCUACUUGACUUACAGCCAGGGUGAAGGUCAUGGUUUAGGGGGUGGUUUAUCUUCACUUGGGGGUUCUGGGGGUGGUUCUGGAAGUUAUGAUCACCACCAUGAAGAACCACACGCACACCCUAAGUACGCUUACAAAUAUGGCGUUGAAGAUAAGCACACCGGUGAUAUCAAGCAACAAGAGGAAACUAGAGAUGGGGAUGUCGUCAAAGGGUCGUACUCCCUCCAUGAACCUGAUGGUACCAUUUUGACCGUUCACUACACUGUUGAUAAGAAGAGCGGGUUCAAUGCGGUGGUUCACAGAAGCGGGCACGCUGCUCACCCCCAGCACUCCUCCCAUCACUAA